AUGCAUUUACUGUUAACAAUCAAAUAAAAAUUGCGUAAAGUUUAAAUUCUGUUAAAUCACCUAAUUGAUGUGAUUGUUUUGAUUUCUAUGUAACACUUCAAUAGAGAAAAUGAUAAUGAGUUCAUUAUAAGACUCGCAUUGUAGAUAGGAAUUUAAACUUCAAAAUCUAUGCUGUUUUAGUAUGAUUAGUUUAGCAUGAUUUUUUAGAAUAUUUUAAAAAUUUCAUCAAUAACAAUCAUCAGAUGGUACAUAAUCAAGGAUUAUAAUACUUUUAAAAUUAUAGUAUUACUGACCUCCAUGAUAUUUUAUUAAAUAAUACAACUUCUGAUUGUUACUUCCUAUUCUUAUGCUUAUAAAAAUAUUUGGAUCAAUAAUGAAAAGAUGAAAAAGAAUAACUAAAUGAUCGAAAAACUGCUCUAUGAAUUACCAAUAGGAAUUAUCUUAUUCAAUUCAAAUGGUGAAGUGUAAUUUUAAAACUCAAUUUCAUAUAAAUAUUUACCAAAAUCAAUUGAUUUAGUAUCAAAAAAAUAUAAUUUGGAAUCUGUUUAAAAGUAUAGUGAUUUAAUUCUAAUGGAGGGGGACUAAGCAAAAUUCUAGAAGGUUUUCGAGGAAACUUUAGAAUCCACAGAUCCAAUAAUAGUCUCAUUUGCAUUUUAAGGUCAUCCUAUACCAAUCUGUUGCCAUUUGCGAAAAUAGGUUUUCAAUAAAAACUCUAUUGUGGAAGCAAUAUUUAUUGAGAAAUCAGACGAUUAAUCCUUGAUUUACGACAAAAUAUCUUAGAGUUUAUAAAUAAUGAAGAUCUAAUAGAUUUCUGAGAUUCUAUCGAAAUAACCAGAAAGAAUGAAGUAGUAAUUACUGUAGUCUCUAUUUCCCAUGCUAAACAAUACAGAUUACUAAAAGUCUGAUUAGAUUGUAUGCAAUUUAAAAAAUUACUUUAAAUUUUUUGCUGAUUGUUUACAAAUAAUCUACAAAACAGAUCCUAAUGUAAAAAUAGAGAAUGAUGUUCCUGACCAAGCAUUUAUAGAUAUAGUAAAGUUGCACAGUAUUUUAACCUAAUUGAUUUCUUAUAUCUAUCAAGAACAUAAUCGAAAGUAGAUGAUGUAAGGAUUUCCAUCUUAGAGGUAAUUGGUCCAAUAAAGUGAAAAGUAAGUACAACGAGAGGUGAAUAAUUUCUCUUUGAUUUCAUUUACAAUAUCUAAAGGCAAUGAAUUGCAGGUGACAAUAUAGAUAGAUUAUCAUAAUCAAAUCCAAGAAUUAGAAAUGUUGUUUCAGAGAUUCGACUUUGAAGGACUAAAAAGCUAUGACUUUAGGUUGUAGCAAUUACAAGAAGAAGACUUAUCAUACACUUCAUUUAUCCAUAUUUUGCAUUAGAUUUACUAGAUAGAAGGUCAAAUAGAAGUAUGUGAGAGAUUGGAUAAUAUUAAGAUUCAAAUGAAUAUUCCAAUGCGAUUGACAAAUGAAUAUUAGUCAGUUCUCUUAGAUCAUUAUAUCAGCAUGGGUAAGUUGGAUACUCAAUCCAAAAUCUAUUCAAUAAAUAACGAGAUAUUUUAGGCUUUCAGAAUUAAAUCCACAAAGAAGAUCUCCUCUACAUAAAGGAUAGCUCCCCAGCCAGCCUCAAGGGUUAAUGAGGAAACCGUAAAGGUUCAAACUUCUCUAAGUGAAUAGAAGCCAUUUUAAAUUUGCAAAUGUUUUGAAUUUACUUAUCGACCUAAUGUUGUAAGUGAAGAGGAGAAAUUGGAAUCCAAUAAAAUAGUAAGUCCUAACUUGUCGCCUAUUAAUAAACCAUCAUCUUUGAACUAAGCGGAUGUUGCUACUUUUGAUAUCGAAGAUAGGAUCAAUACUUAAAUGCAUUCAGUAGAAAAGGCUGUAUCCAAGGUCUUAGAGUAAGUUUUAUCGGAAAUCAUGACUUUUAAAGGGAAAAGAAUCAAUGUUCAAUUUAGAAAUUCGAAGCAUAAACAAAAGUCAUUUGAAACAUCUCCCAGCAAUUCAUCGGCCUAACAAUAAAAUUAAAGAAAUACAAGUGUACCAAAUUUAUAAUAAUUUCGAACUACCAUCCCUGAAAAGAGAGAAACCAAUACUAAUUAAUAACAAUAGUAGUAACCAUCAUAACAUCCUAAUCAAUCUUUGUUUAAGUAGAUUGCUAUUAAACAAAUGCCUCUAUAAACAUCAUAGAAUUUUGGAUCAUAACCUUCAUCAACAACUUAAUCAUAAUAAAUGAACUCCGUCUAACAAACCAAAAGAUAAUAAGGAACAUAAUUAUUAAGAAAUCUUAGAGAGAAUGAUUCAAAAGUACAACAACUAGAAUAAAGCGAUUAAUUCAAGCCUGAUGAGAUUACUGAUGAUCUCAAGAAUUCUAUGAAAUAUAUUCCUUCUAACUAAGAGGAUCCUAUAUUACAAAAAUCCUAAACUUCCUUUGGAGUUAUUGUUCAACCAGUUUAAACUCAAGGAUCUGAGAAAUCCCCUUGCUUCAAAGUGUAAAAGUCGGUAACAAUAAAUGAGAUUGAAAACCAAUCAGAGGAAAUCAAACAGUAGGAAACUAUUGAUUUAAAAUAAUAUUACAAGGAGAACUUAACAUAUUUAUUAGUGGAUGAUUCAACAGAUGGUUUAGAUUUCAAAGUUAAAUAAACUCAUUAGUUUGAUUAAAGUAUAACAUGCUCAGAUGCUUCUCAAAAGAUUAAGUCUAUGUUUGAAAAAAAUAAAAUUUAUCAUUUUAUUAUUGUUAGAAUUAAUCUACCAAAAAAGAAUGGAAUCUAAUUCAUUUAAGAAAUAAGAUAGCUAGAAAAUUAACAUAUCCUACCUAAACAGUAUUUUGUUGGUAUUGAAAGCAAUAUAUCCUAAACUCUUAAGCAAUCAUGCAUACAAGCUGGUUUUGAUGAAGUUUAAGAAAAACCUUUAAAACCACAAUAUUUAGCUUAGUUAAUUGAAAGCCGUCUAAAUCCCCCUCCUGGAAUAAUUUGGAAACCAAUUACUAAGAGUUGCUCAAUUAUGGAUUAAUAAGAGAAAAUAAAUUAAAUUCAUAAAGAACUAGACUAAAUUGCUAUACCUCAGAAAAUUUCUUCGUUCUAAGACAUCCCAGUAGCUUCCAAAUAGCCUCAGUUUAGAAAAGCAUUCUACUAUCCUAUUGUCACUAUAUACAUAUUAGAUGAUUCAAGUGUAUAGCUUAGUGCAUUAUCAUCCAUGAAAUUCAAUUUCAAAGUUAAAGUUGAAUUCGAUAGAACAGUUGAUGCUGGACUUAAACGUUUUGAUAAAUCAUUUGAAGAAAAGAAAAUUUAUCAUAUAGUCUUAGUUAAAAUGAAUUUUACAUAAAAAAAUGGAUUAGAGAUUUUACAAUAAAUUAGAGAAAUGGAAAAGAAAUAUUUAGUUCCAAAAUAAUUUAUAGUAGCUAUAGAUAGUGACUUUACUGAAGAUAAAAAGACGGACUUAAUCAAGCAAGGAUUUGAUGAUGCUUUGACGAAACUUAUUGAUAAAAGAUUAUUAGAAGGAAUACUAUAAAAAAGAUUAGAAGAUGAUUGA